AUCAACAAAAAUACGUUUUCUUAUUGAAUAUUAUUCAUCAAUGUAAUGAUAAAACAAACUUGAAUCAGUGUAGAAACAUAACCGGUAUGUUAAAACGGAUUCUUAAGAAAUAAUCGAAAAAACGUUGUAAUAAAAACGUUGCUAAUUAACCAAAAUCAAAGUUGAAAUUAAAUUUGUCACCAAAAUGUAUCUUAUGACUUGACCUGUCGUUAUUCUCGUUAAUAAAAAAAAACAUUCAUAGAUAUACAGACACCUUUUUACGUCGAGUGUGAUUGUGCUAAAUUUUCGAUUAACUUUUAAAAAGAAUGUCAGAAAAAAAAGAUAAGAUGUCGGAAAUUGACGAGCACAUAAUGAAGAGAUUUGAUAUACAAAAAAGAUUAGGUAAGGGCGCGUAUGGGAUCGUAUGGAAGGCGGUCGAUAAGAAAACGAAGGAAGUGUUGGCUGUUAAGAAAAUUUUCGACGCAUUUCGAAACCAAACCGAUGCCCAAAGAACUUACAGGGAAAUUAUGUUUUUGCAGUGCUUUAAAAAUCAUCCGAACGUCAUCCGAUUGCACAGUAUUCACAGAGCGGCCAAUAAUAGAGAUAUUUACUUAGGAUUUGAAUACAUGGAAACUGAUUUACACAACGUCAUUAAACGUGGAAACAUCUUAAAAGACGUCCAUAAAAGAUAUAUUAUGUAUCAGUUGUUGAAGGCUACUAAAUAUAUUCAUUCUGGAAAUGUUAUACAUCGUGACCAAAAACCUAGCAAUGUUUUGUUGGAUACAUUAUGCAGAUGUAAAAUAGCGGAUUUUGGAUUAGCCAGGUCGUUAACUCAACUUUCCGAUUCAAGUGAAACGGAUCCCACACUUACUGAUUAUGUUGCUACAAGAUGGUAUAGAGCCCCCGAGAUAUUAAUAGCAAAUCGCAAAUACACCAAAGGGAUCGAUAUGUGGAGCCUCGGUUGUAUUUUGGGUGAAAUGGUCGCUGGAAAACCACUAUUUCCAGGUUCAUCAACUGUAAAUCAAGUUGAAAAAAUUAUGUCAACGAUUGUUAUACCAACACAAGAAGACAUUGCAACCAUUUGCGUAUCAGGAGUUGGUUCAUCAAUGAUAAAAAACGCAUGUAAUCUACCCAGGGUGAGCAUGAAAUCAAUAGUAGGAGAAGAUGUAGCAUCUGACGCAAUCGACUUAAUCAAUCAAUUAUUAGUUUUUAACCCAAUGAAACGGUUAACUGCAGAACAAGCUUUAGAACAUCUUUAUGUUAGAAAAUUUCAUGAUGAAAGUGAAGAGAUAGAGAUGUCACGGAGUGUAAUUAUUCCAUUAAAUGACGAUGUUCGUUUAUCAGUUGAUGAUUAUCGAAAUAAAUUGUAUGAAUUGAUGCAAACUCAUAAUAUUACUAAACAUCACAGAGGAGGUUUGCAUAAAACUACGUUACGUUUACAUACGGAAUCUGUAAAACCAACGAGAGAAGUAAAAUCGAAAGUUUGUAAAGAUGCCGAGAGAUAUUUGAAAUCUAGGUCUCAAAAAGAGAAGCCAUAUAAUACGCAGUCAGAACCUCGGUUAGGACAUUUACAAAAUUAUAGGACUAGUUUGAAUAUAAAAUCUGAUUCAAAAAUACCAAAACCGAUGGUGGCUACAACAACGUAUUGUGGUGAUUACAAUAAGCAAAGUAGCGAUUGCAGCAGGAAGAGUGCAGUUAGUAAUGAUUCGAAAGAAAGAAUUCGAAGGAGAUCAAUUAAUUCAAGGAGUAAUGUGUAUAUGUCGUUUAAUAGUUACAAUCAAAAUCAUGGUAUUAUUACUCAAAGUGCACUUACGGAAUUAAAGGCUGCUGGAAUGCGGUAGUCUUAAAUUAAAAAGAAAUAUUUUACAUAACAUAUACUUUUGUCUACACAUACAUUCUUAUAUUAUACAGUAUUUUCGAUCAAUUUUUUUGGUCGCAUUUUUUGCACGUGUGAUGAAAACAUUUUUUUGAUACUUGAGAACGAUAUGCAUACAAACUUCAGAAUCUCGUGUAAUUUAUUUAUGUACACAUGGUGAAUUGACUUGUUUCAAUAAUAAAAUCAAAUUUUAUAAGAGUA